AUGUCAAGUGAAAAGAAGUUCCCAACAGACGUUACACCCAAAUACAUCCCAUUCGACAACGAGCACUCGGAUAUCUUGAAGAAUGGUGAACCUAGACCACUUGAUUUAGCUAAGGAGUUCAAGGAUAGCACGGUAAUUGUUACUGCUAUCCCAGGCUCUUUCACCACAGUAUGUUCAACUAAGCAUAUUCCAGCUUAUAUUGACCAUAUCAAGCAAUUUAAAGAAAAGGGAGUCAAGAGAAUUAUUGUCUUUGCUACAAAUGAUCCUUUUGUCCAGGCUUCGUUUGGUAAAGCUCUAGGUUAUAAAGAUGCCGAAAAUUUCAUCAUUUUCGCUACUGACCCUGAAGGUAAAAUUUCACUGCAAUUGGGUAAGGACUACCUUUUAGACAUGAGCAAAGCCGGUAUGGGUUUGAGGUUGGAGAGAUAUGCAGCCAUUGUUGUGAAUGGCAAUAUUACUUAUAUUGGUAAUGAAUCAGAAGGAAACUUUUCUGACAUCUCAAGUCCUGAAAACUUACUUGAGAAAUUAAAUUGA